AUGUCCAAAUCGCUAAGACAAAAAAUUGCUCAUGCUAUUAAUUCUAUUCUAUCAACAUCAUCAUCACACAAUAAUUCGAAUUCAAAAAUAUCAUCUUGUUGUUCAGUAUCGAAACCAAAAGAUUAUGAAUAUAUUUCAUAUGAAUCAAAAGUAGCAUCAUCAAAAAGUGAUUAUGUCGAUUUAAGUGAAUGUCAUUCAUGGUCUUUGUCUUGCUCGAAAGAUUCAGGAAUUUCUUUCGGUACAAACAUAUCAUCAAUCAGUACAUCCAAUGAAAAUUUUCAUCAGUUUCAAUCAACACGCAUACUUUCAGAUGAUUCAAAUUCUCGUUUAAAUCUAUCUGAUUUAAGUUCAAUACCGAACGAUCAAAUGAACAUAUCCAAUUUCGAUGUAACUGCAUGGCAUACAAUUCCAACGUCGUUCGAAUGUUGCCAUUGUCAUUGUCAUCAUCAAACUAAUACAGAUGCUCUGCAAAAUCCAACCAACAACUAUCUGUACUAUCCACAACAAUAUCAUGAUCAGCGAACAAAAAAUCAAAUCUUUCCUUUUAUUUUUUAA